AUGAUUGAGGUAAUCAAUUGCCGAUGUCCAAAGUUCUUUCAAAAUAAUUUUACUUUAAGUAUGCAAUCAUUAUCUGUUUAUGCUCGAUUAUUUGCACGUGCUAUUAGUAGUACAGAAGCUGAACAUAUUCUUUUCAAUGGUUUAUUACGUUUAUCAUCAUCUUCUGUGCAUGCAACACAAUCUUCCAAUAGUCUUGCUAUAACAUAUCCAUCAACAGCAAUUAAACAUGCUGUACAUCUAGUCACUGUUUCAUCGGGUUAUUCAAGUCAUGAUAAUAAUGAAUAUGAAUGUAUAACAAAAACAAAACGAAGAAAUUCUCUAAUAGAACAAAAACCACAUCCAUCAAAUGUAUAUGGUGAUGAUGCUUUUUUUAUAACAAAACAUCGUUUAGGAGAUUUUCUUGGCGUUGCCGAUGGUGUUGGCGGUUGGCGUGAACAUGGUAUUGAUCCAUCCUUAUUUUCACGUUCAUUAAUGGAUGCAUGUAAAUCAUUAAUUGAUAAUAAACUUAUUGAUUUAAAUCCACUAACAUUAAAAGAAUUAUUAUCCAAAGGUUAUAAACAAUUAUUAGAAGAUAAACAAUGUAUUAUUGGAAGUAGUACAGCAUGCAUUGUUGCAUUACAUAAUGAAGAAAGAAUACUACAUACAGCUAAUUUAGGUGACAGUGGUUUUGUUGUUAUAAGAAAAAAUACAAUUGUACAUCGAUCACAAGAGCAACAACAUUAUUUUAAUUCACCAUUUCAAUUAGCUAUUCAUCCAACAAUUAAAGAUCCACGUUUAAUUGCUGAUAGUCCCGAUUUAGCAUCAGUGACUUCGUUUGAUGUUGAAGAAAAUGAUUUUAUUGUUAUUGCAACAGAUGGUCUAUGGGAUAAUUUACCUGAUGCUACAAUACUUGAAGAAAUUAAACAAAUUAAAGUAAGUUAG